GAUAUUUCAAUCAAAAUGAAGUAUAGCGUAAUGUCAAACUAAAUGAGAAAUCUGGUAUAAAAAAUUUCAGUGCUGCAAUAUCUGGAUAUUGCGAAAUCAUGCAACAGAUGAUGCCAAGUUCUUCCGAAGUCAAUGUUUUCGAACAAAGGGGUUACUUAAUUGGUAAGAAGAUUGGAAAAGGUACCUAUGCCACAGUGCAUCUAGCAGACUUCGUAGAUGGGGCUGGCCCUAAAAAGCUGCGACUGGCAUGUAAAAUUUUCGAUAAAGAGAAAGCUCCAAAAGAUAUACUUCGUAAAUUUUUUCUCCGAGAAUUAGAUAUUUUAACGAAAAUCAAGAAUCCACAUAUAAUUCAAGCUCAUAGUAUUCUACAAAGAGGCCCUAGAGUUUUUAUUUUCAUGAAAUAUGCUCCUAAUGGUGAUCUACUGAAUUAUAUCAAAGUAAAUGGGGCGGUAGUGGAAACACAAGCCAAAGUUUGGUUCCAUCAGAUAGCAAGCGGAUUGCAGUACCUUCACAGUAUGAACAUAGCUCAUAGGAACCUAAAGUGUGAAAACAUACUUUUAUCGGGAAAAUUCAAUGCAAAGAUAACAGACUUUGGAUUUGCUAGGUUCUGUACGAACGAAGAUGGCGAUGUUGUUCUAAGUCAAACCUAUUGUGGCUCCACCGCUUAUGCAGCUCCAGAAGUUAUCAGUGGUAUACCUUAUAACCCCAAAAUGUCAGACGUGUGGUCUCUAGGUGUCAUUCUAUUCAUUAUGCUAAACGCAUCCAUGCCUUUCGAUGACUCAAAUAUGAGGAAAUUGUUGAAGGACCAGAUGAAUAAAAAUUGGAAUUUCAGAUCAAGCGUCACAGAUACCUUGUGUUCAAGAGCAAAACAUCUGAUAAGGGUUCUCUUAGAACCUGAUCCAAUAUUACGAUUGAGUUUGAGCAAAGCUCUGAAACAUGAUUGGGUACAUGAUAAUGAACUAUCUAAAUCUAAAAUGUACUGACCUUAUUUCCAUCAAAUUAUAAUGGUGUUGUUUCAAAAGAGGAUAGCUAUUAUUAAUUUUUCUGUUGAGUAAACAAGUAUUAGUAU